CGACGGCGGCCAUUUUGUGCUGGCGCUUUAGUUUGGAGACGUCAGGUGUCCUGCUGUCCGCGUCUUUUUUUAUUAUAUAUCUUAAUUAGGACACAGAAGGCUUAAUUCUGAACUGAAACUUUGCUGCAUCCGAUAUUGACGUAUUGUUGCAAACCCAAACAUCGUUUGGACCCUUCUACGCAGCGACGACAAGAUGAGAGGAAGUUUUAUGGCUCGGGACCGUGGCGGUGGCAAUCGCUUUCCAAAGUUUGGUAACCCAGGGGAACGACUCCGUAAGAAGCGUUGGGACUUGAAUGAACUUCCAAAAUUUGAGAAAAACUUUUACGCAGAGCAUCCUGAAGUAGCUCGCAUGAUGAUGCAUGAAGUAGAAGAAUUAAAGAGAAAGAAAGAAAUUACUGUUCGAGGAUUGAACUGUCCAAAACCUGUGUAUACUUUCCUACAGGCCAAUUUUCCUCAGUAUGUAAUGGAUGUUCUUCUGGAUCAGCGAUUCAAGGAACCUACACCCAUCCAGUGCCAGGGCUUCCCUCUUGCCUUGAGUGGUCGGGACAUGGUGGGCAUUGCACAGACAGGAUCUGGCAAAACACUUGCAUAUUUGCUGCCUGCUAUGGUGCACAUCAACCAUCAGCCUUAUCUGGAGCGAGGGGAUGGACCAAUUUGUUUGGUCCUGGCUCCAACCAGAGAGUUGGCUCAGCAAGUACAGCAAGUAGCUGAUGAUUAUGGUAAAUCAUCCCGGUUGAAGAGUACAUGCAUCUAUGGUGGGGCACCAAAGGGUCCACAGAUACGUGAUCUGGAGAGAGGUGUGGAGAUUUGCAUUGCCACUCCUGGCAGGCUCAUUGACUUUCUCGAGACUGGAAAAACAAACUUGAGACGCUGUACCUACCUGGUGCUGGAUGAAGCUGAUAGGAUGCUUGAUAUGGGUUUUGAGCCACAGAUCCGCAAGAUUGUUGACCAAAUCAGGCCUGACAGGCAAACUUUAAUGUGGAGUGCAACAUGGCCAAAAGAGGUGCGUCAACUGGCUGAGGAUUUUUUGAGGGACUAUGUUCAGAUCAAUGUGGGGAACUUGGAGCUCUCCGCAAAUCACAACAUCCUACAGAUCGUCGAUGUGUGCCAAGAAAGUGAGAAAGACCACAAGCUUAUCCAACUGAUGGAAGAAAUAAUGGCGGAAAAAGAAAAUAAGACAAUUAUUUUUGUAGAAACUAAACGUCGUUGUGAUGAACUUACUCGCAAAAUGAGACGUGAUGGUUGGCCAGCCAUGUGUAUCCAUGGUGACAAGAGUCAGCAGGAGCGUGAUUGGGUUUUGAAUGAAUUUCGCACUGGAAAAGCCCCAAUUCUAAUUGCUACAGAUGUUGCCUCUCGGGGUCUAGAAGCUGCAGAUCUCUCUCAGUACAGGGCCAGGGGCCUGACGAAAAUAGAGGGGGAUGAACGCUGGAAGCUGCCCCCCUAGAGGGCAUUGGCUUCUUACACUCUUCCCUCGCAAAGGUCUUGUACUGAAGAGGCAGUUUUUGGAUCUGCAUCUCCAAGCCCCUAAACUUCCCCCACUCUACAUCGGGGUGCAAAAUGUGUACUUU